AGAAAUAGUGACAUGAAACAAGAAGAAAUAAAAACUGAACACGUUGACCUGUCAACUGUUGAAUCUGCAAAUAUUUCUCUGGCAAAACUUAAAAAACAACCGCGCUUGAAGUUUAGCAAUGUGAAAACUGGUUUUCAUAAAGAAAAACUUGCUAAGAUAAAAAGAAAGUUUUUGCAAAGAACUCGAGAAACUGCGCGUGCUGAACUUCUCAAUAAUGAACAACAAGGUUUCCUUGCUGGAGAUGAAGAUGAACUUACCUAUACCAUCAAACAGGAAGAAAUAGCUGGUGCUGUAGAUAUUGCUAGUGCGAGCAAGCAUUUCGAUCUGCGAUUAGAACGUUUUGGCCCUUAUCGUGUAGAUUAUACUUGUAAUGGUCGUCAUCUUUUAAUCGGUGGUAGACGUGGGCAUGUUGGGGCUUUUGACUGGUUAACCAAAACACUUCGUUGUGAGAUAAAUGUUAUGGAAAGCAUCAGAGAUAUCAAAUGGCUACACGUUGAAACGAUGUUUGCUGUCGCUCAAAAGCGAUGGACUCAUAUUUAUGAUAAUAUGGGAGUGGAGUUGCACUGUUUAAAAAAUUUACAUGACAUUAAGCGUUUAGAAUUUCUUCCUAGACAUUUUCUACUUGUCGCCGGAAGCAAUACGUCUUUCUUACAUUACUUAGAUGUUUCUAUGGGUAAAAUGGUGCAGUCAUUUCCAACGAAGCAAGGGCCUCUGGAUGUAAUGGCACAAAAUCCAAAUAAUGCCAUCAUCCAUACUGGGCAUGGAGAUGGUACGGUGCAGUUGUGGUCUCCAAAUGUUCAAAAACCAUUAGUGAAAAUGCUUGCUCAUCCAUGUUCUAUACGGGGUAUUGCAGUACAAGGAGACUAUUUGGCUACCACUGGACUUGAUCGGAAAUUAAGGCAGAAUUCUUCAUUGAAAUCCACCAACGCAAUGCAGUUGCUUGUGCUAUUGAUUUUAAACGAUGCACAUUUGGGAACAACUACUGCACCAUAUAUGUCUCAUCAGUGUACGGGGUUCGUUAGUGAUAUUCAAUUUUGUCCUUUUGAAGAUGUUCUUGGAAUUGGACAUCAACAGGGAUUCACAAGCAUGCUUGUUCCAGGAUGUGGCGAACCCAACUUUAAUGCUCUUUUAUCAAACCCAUACGAAUCAAAGACGCAACGACGUGAACGAGAAGUGAAGCAGCUUUUAGAUAAAAUACAACCGGCACUGAUCACUAUGGAUACUACAGAAAUCGCCCAAGUUAAUACAGAUUUGCUGGAAGAACAGAAUGAACGACUGAAAUCAUUGCUUCAUGUGAGACCACGUGAAGUAAAAUUCAAACCAAAAAAUAAGAAGAAAGGAAGAGGCAGUGCUCUGAAAAAGGAGCAACGUAAACAAGGUGUACAAUCCGAACGUAGAUUUGCAUUGAACGAGGAACGGAAGAUAUUAGAGAAAGAAGUCUUAAAGGAUGAUUCGAAACCAGAGGAGCUUUCUGAAGAUGAACGAGCUGAUUUCAAACUACCUAAAGAUCUGGUUCAAGCAAAACGGUUGGGUUUGGUCCUCUCAAAAUAUAAAGAAGAACAUUAUUACACCGUACUGUUUGGCAUAUCAGCUGUCUAUAUACUUUUACAGUCAUUAGCUAUUCCUGGUUCCAUUUUUCUUACAAUUCUUUCCGGAUAUUUAUUCUCAUUUCCAACUGCCUUAUGUCUAGUUUGUACGUGUUCGGCUUGUGGAGCACAAAUUUGUUACUUUUUUGCAUUAUUAUUUGGUCGUGAACGAAUUAUGGCAUUUGCACCAGAAAAGAUUAGUAAAUGGCAAAAUGAGAUUGCUGAUUUCGACAGUCUGUUUUAUUUUGUAAUUUUUUUACGGAUCACUCCAAUUUUGCCAAAUUGGCUUAUAAACCUUGCAUCACCGAUAUUUGGCGUUCCAGUACCCGCUUUCUUUUUUGGAACAUUUCUGGGUGUUGCUCCACCUUCAUGCAUAUACAUUCAAGCCGGUGCCACUCUUCAAAAGCUUACGCAUGUGGGAGCAGCUUGGUCAUGGAGUGCAGUUUUUAUAAUAGCAUUCGCAGCUUUCUUGUCUUUGGUGCCCGUCAUUUACAAGAGUCUGAAUUUCGGUAGUUCCUGUAAAUCAACAAAGUAUAUUAAAACUUCAUAG